AUGGAUCAUAGUAGCAGUUGUGUGUGUCGUUUUGGAUUUAUACUUGCCAUUGUGUCUUUAAUAGUCCAAAGUGCUGAUCUAAAUUAUAGAAUCCCAGAGGAAUUGGCCGUGGACACGUUUAUUGGAGAUAUCCUCAGUGAAACGGAUAAUCUAAAAAGUGCAGUCAGUGUAGAAGACUAUCCAAAUUUAAGGUUUAGUUUUCUGACCGAGGGGAAUGCUGUAACGUCGUUGUUUUCGCUGGAUGAAAAAACCGGAGUUUUAAAGAUCGGACCAAAUUCAACAUUAGAUCGAGAAACCUUGUGUCCUUUUGCAAUCAUUUGUGAGAUUUCGUUGGAAAUCGUAGUCCAGUCAAAUCGUAAUCAGCUGUUUCGAAAAGUAUCAGUAACCAUAACUCUUGACGACAUUAAUGACAAUCCACCAAUAUUCAACAAGGAUACUUUAACGUUAGACGUAUCGGAAGCUGUUCUGGUCGGAGCGUCAAUCCCGAUUGACGGAGCAUCCGAUCGCGACAGAGGACAAAAUAAUUCUUUACAAACGUACGAAGUCGUGCCUAAGGAUGGAGCUUUUGGAGUAUCGUUUCGUAAAAAUCCAGACGGAACGUCGUAUUUGAAUUUAGUCGUGAAAAAAGAGCUGGACCAUGAAACGAAAAGCCAAUACUCUUUGCAAAUCGUGGCUAAAGACGGUGGAUCACCUCCGCUACAGGGUGUCCUUAAUGUCAUCGUAACCGUAACGGACGUUAAUGAUAAUCUACCAAAAUUUUCUAAGGAGAAAUACAGUGUAAAUGUGGACGAAAACGUACCAGCAAAUUCCGUAAUCGUAAAUAUUCACGCAACGGACAAAGACUCGGGUGAAAAUGGCGAAUUAUCUUAUAAACUGAGCUCACAUCAAAACGAGAAAGUGAAAAAUUUAUUUCAAAUUGACCCGACCACUGGAAACUUAACGGUCAAGGGAGAUUUACAAAAGGAAGCUACGGACCAAUAUAAUGUUAUUGUUGAAGCGACCGAUCAUGCGUUACAACCCUUUACAAGUCAAACGGUCGUUACGAUCAACGUACGUGAUGUUAUCAAUAGUCCACCGAAAUUAACUGUCAAUGUGUUGUCAGGGUCAACAAUCUCUGAAUAUGCAAAUCUGAACGCUGUUGUCGCACACGUAGCUGUGAAAGAGUCGGAUCGUGGUCGGAACGGUAUUGUUACGUGUCAGCUACAAAGCACAGCAUACUUCGAACUCCAAGGCUUUGAUGUGGAUGAAUACAAGAUUAUCGUUGCUAAGAAACUGGAUUCGGAGGUAACACAGAAACAAAAUAUCACAAUUUUCUGUCAAGAUGCCGGAACUCCGCCAUUAACCGCCAACUAUUCCUUCUCGCUGACGAUUAUCGACGAAAAUGACAAUUUUCCAGCUUUUAUGACCACCAAAUACUCUGCAACAAUUUCAGAAAAUAAUGCUGCGGGCAAAAGCCUUCUGAGUGUCUACGCCACAGACUUGGAUUCUGGAUCCAAUGGACGGGUGCAUUACGAAUUGGCAGACGAUGCUUCUGGAAAAUUCAGGAUUAUUCAAGAAAAUGGCACCAUUUCUGCUGCCGUGUCGUUUGAUUUUGAAUCGAGUCAAUAUGAGAAUUUCUCCGUUUUGGCCAUUGAUGAAGGAAAACCUGCUAAAACAGCUACAGCGACAGUUUCAGUAAGAAUCCUGGACGAAAAUGAUGUUGCUCCCGAAUUUUCGAAAAAUCCAUUCAAAGUGUCUGUGUCGGAAGCAGCAAGGCCUGGAGAGAUCGUAUCUAAAAUAGUAGCCGUGGAUAACGAGUCAGGAAAGAAUGGGGUCAUUGUGUACUCGCUAUUUGAACAGUCGAAUGAAAUACCUUUUAUUUUAUUGGAGAACGGUUCACUUAUUUUAGAUCGGGAGCUUGAUUACGAAAGAAGGUCACGCUAUGAAUUUGAAGUAGUGGCUACUGAUAAAGGAACGCCUCCACUAGAAACCAAGGGUCGUAUAGUCGUCGAAGUAGAAGAUGAAAACGAUAAUGUCCCUAUUAUAACUUUCCCCAAAGUCUCCAACUAUAUCGUCAACACAAGCUUAUCUGAUCCUAAGGGGACCAUCAUCUCGCGGAUUCGCGUCGAUGAUUUAGACUCGGGGCUAAAUGGCGAGAUUCAUUACGUCAUCACCAGCCGUAACGACAGCGGGAGAUUCGGAAUUGAUGCAGAGAAAGGCGAGUUGUUUCUGACCAGAGAACUUCAUGAAAAGGAUGUAAAUUUAUUCCGAUUGGUUAUCAGUGCCAAAGAUAAGGGUAGUCCCCCUUUGGCACAACACGUGACCCUAUUCGUGAAGGUCACUAAAGGAAAUGGAACAUCUGCUGCCUACCAAGAAACAUCGAACGAAAAGAAUAUUUUGAUAACCCUAACGAUUGUUUGUGUGACUAUUGUCAUCUCGGCCAUCAUUGUUCUAAUCAUCGUUAUCAUCAGACACAGAGACAGAAAACGACAAACUGUUGGCAGACGACAAAUGAACAGUAAUGGCGACCCGAGUAAAUAUGACGACAUUAAAAAAACUAACGUCAUGAAUGACAUGAAAUCCAAGAUGGCGGACGACACUGAUUUUGGUUUCCAUGCAGUGAUGACUGAUAAAGGUUCUACUUUUACAUAUAGCAUUAGGUUGCUGUCGCUCUCUCCCAUAUUGAAGCACCAGAGAGUAGAGAGUAAACUAUCUCCUUAUAAAUUACAGGUACCCAAUACAUGGUUAAAACCAGGUUCCGUACCAGAUGAUACUAAUAGUGUAGCGUCAGGAGAAACAACUACUAGUGACAGUGGCCGUGGAGGCAGUGAGGAGGAUAUCUAUAGUCAUAAUGGAACUCAUAAUUUCGGUAAGCAAUGGUUUCGAAUCUUGAUCUAA